UUCCCUAUUUUCUCUCACUUCUAAGAGUAAUUUUGGUUUCUCUUUCUUAGCCGUGAAUCAGAUCUCCGGCAUUGACUCACUCCACCGGUAACUCUCAGGAUAGCUUCUGUAGAUGAGGUUAACAGUAUUGGAGGGUUUUCUCAGUAAAAUGUAGUUCACACCAAGAAUGGGUUUUUAAUGAAUGCACUUUGUUUAGCAGACUGGGGGAAGUUUUUACCUGGAAAUAGGUAUGGCUGAGCAAGGGGAAGAAGAAUUUCAAUUUCAGCACUCCUGGGCUCCAGCAACCCCUUUGAGGCCCACUCUCCCUACACCACCGCAGAUCUAUGCUGAAAAACAAGUAAACGCCAUAAACCAAGCAAAUUGGUUAGGAUCAGAGGGAUGUCUUCCUGGUUUUACAGGGGAAGCUCAAGCUAAUGGGUUACCUGCAUGUAUUGAUCCUGCUGAUUGUACUGCAGUCAAUGAAGGGGUUAAUCACUUACAGACAGCUUUGGCCCGGAGAACUGGCAUUUCUAUUGGUAACAUGACAUGCACACAGUUUCCUAUCGACCCAACAGCUGAGUUUAGCAAUGUCCCUUUUGGAGAUCUCUUGGACCUGGCUAAUGCUGCCGCAAGGGCACGCUCGAGGCUGAGGGCAGCACCACAGAGGAAUGACAGCAUGACAACCGAUUCUUCCAUCUCCACAAUGGAUUCUAAGAGUGACAGUAACCAAGUGGAACCUAGCUCUGCGGGUCCUUGGCUUGCAGAUGAUGAUUUCUCAAACAUUCAGAUUGAUCCCAACUGCACACCAAGAAAACCACAAAAUGAGAGCAUUCCCCAACAAUCCUAUGAUCUUAAUUUGCUUCCUGGAACUAUGGCAAAGGUAGCCUCACACAAAACUAUUUCUGAAUUUGCUCCAAUCACACCAGAUAAGGCCAUGAGGGUGGGAAGGGAAGAGGCCUUAAUAGAAAGUUUACAGGCAGAUGACAGAACAAGUAAGGAAAGAGAUAAGCAGGGAAAUAAACUUACUGCCACAGCAGUUGACUCCAACAGCCUUCAAUUCAGCAGAGACCUCCAUGAGCCUGUUACAGAUUCAUCAUUGGUUUCUGCUCCAACUGAGGAGAACCAAAAUCCUGACAAGGGAGGCAACCAAACUAAAGAAAUAUCUGGAACACCACAGCAAAAACCAAGGAGGAAAAAGCACAGGCCCAAGGUAAUUACAGAGGGCAAACCAAGGACUCCAAAGCCAAGGACACCAAAGAGCAAUGGUUCUCAAGAAAACCCAACAGGUAAGAGGAAGUAUGUACGUAGGAAGGGAGUCGACAAAGGCUCAAGUACUCCCACAGCAGAAGCAAGUGGAGAGAGCAUGACACAUAAGAGGAAGUAUGUGCGAAAGAAGGUCCUGAAUAAAGAUUCCUCAGCUCCCACAACAAAAGAAAGUGGAGGGGCUUCCCCAGAAGCACUUGUGGCUAAGAAAAAGUCAUGCAGAAGGGCCUUAAAUUUUGACAUGGAAGGACUGCAGGAAGUUGAAAUUUCUACAAGCAAGUCAGUGUGCAGUAAUUCAGAGUUAGACGCACAAAACCUUUGGAGAACAGGAAGUCAAGCAAAAUCAGCAUUGCAGCCUGGUGAAGGAACUGAAGUGACUCCAGAAAACACAGAAGCAAGCAUUGCCAAUGUCAGACCUUGCUCCAAAAAUCAAAUUCCAAAACAUUCCACAUCUUUGUCUGAAGGACAAGCACCAAGCACACCACUUCCUGCCAACAAUAAACCCCAACGUGGUAAACGGAAAGCAAAUUCCCAAAGGGAAAAUUACGUAGAAGGAAAAGAUAAAGGAACUGCCCGUGACAGACCAAGACAUGAUGCACAAAUCAUGUCACAAACUGACACUGGAUUGUCAUCGAGAAGCAGAAAUAACUUCAAUUGUAGAACGAGCUCUACAUUGGAGGAGGAGCAAGCAAGAAGAGGGUUGAAGAGAAACAAUUCCAAUUCUACUGAACCAAACACUAGUAAUACAAAUGUAUAUGGGAGUCACUACAACAGUUUAUGCACUUAUCAGGCAAUGUCAUGUAUGCAUUUUCCAAAUAUUCACAAAAGAAAGAGAACAGAUAAAGGGCAAACUUCUACCACAUCUGAUGUACCAUCCCUGAUUGCUGCAGAAAUUUUUGUACCUCAAGGAGCAUGCUCUGUGGAUACUGCUAGUGGAGGUCUCACAACACUCAGAGAAGCAGUAAGAGAAAAUCCUCAGAACAUACAACAAACUUUUGGCUGCAUCAUUGCUUUUAAUCAGAAUAAGAGACUGAAAAAGAAGAGAUCUAAAGCUUCCACUCGGGUUCAGGACUUCACUUUACUAAGUAGCAUUGUGGAGUGCACAAAUCAGCCGACUUGCAGCAGAGAAGCAGCUGGAGACAGUGACAGGAAGGGAGUUGGGGGCAGACCUCAUACAAGUAUAGAAGCUCUAGUUGCAGAGAUGCAGUCAACACUGGCAAGAAAGAAGCGAACUAAGAAGAGAAACUCCAUUACAAAUCCAGCAUCCUCUGGCAUGAGUGAAGUACAAACAGCCCAAAAAAUUGUCUUGUAUGGUCAUAAGCAAUUGUUUUCAGGUGCUCCUCCAGAAGUGUUGUGGAAAGAAAUGUCUAUCAAUGCAAUAAGUGAGCAAUUCAAGCAUCUCAGUAUUAACAGAGAAGGUAGCCAUGAUGCAUAUCAACAGCAGAAUGCAAUUAUCCCUUAUGAUAUGAGAAAUCAAGAGCAGAAUGCACUUGUUCUUUAUACAAGAGAUGGCACUGUUGUGCCCUACCCUAUGAAGAAACGACACCCACGACCUAAGGUCGAACUGGAUGAAGAAACCAAUAGGGUAUGGAAGCUUUUAUUGGAAAAUAUCAAUAGUGAAGGUAUUGAUGGAACUGACGAAGAGAAGGCAAAAUGGUGGGAGGAAGAAAGGAGAGUAUUCCGUGGACGAGCAGAAUCAUUUAUAGCACGCAUGCAUCUUGUACAAGGGGAUAGACGGUUCUCUCAAUGGAAGGGAUCAGUUGUUGACUCAGUAAUUGGAGUCUUUCUUACUCAGAAUGUCUCUGACCAUCUUUCCAGUUCUGCAUUCAUGUCUCUUGCUGCACAUUUUCCCCUAAAAUCAAAGGACAAUGAACAACCAUAUCAUGAAGGGGAUUCAAGCUUAAUAAUUGAUAGACCAGAAUUCUAUGUAUUGGAUCCAGAGGAAACUCUACAGUGGAAUGAGAAGCCAAUUCAUCCAGUACAUGACCAGAGUUCUGUGACCCUCAAUGACUCCUGGCAGUUGGAAGAAAAAGAGGCUGUCAACAGCAAUGACUUAUCUGGAAGCAGUACUGGUAUCACAAGCUCAAUAAAUGAGUCAAUGCAUGAGAUGCUGAGUUAUUCUCCAAGGGAUUCAGAAACAUGCCAUGACUCUGUAGCAAGCAGAUCAGACAUGCAGAUAAUUGGAGGAGGAGAUGAAUGUUCCCAAUAUGAUGAAGCAACAAAUGGUGCCAUCUCAUAUCAAAAUUCUAUGGUUCCAUCUCACAGCUCUCAAAAUUCUUCAAUUGCUCAGACUGCUGAAAGAACAGGUUCAAGCUCAGAAAGCUACUCAGAAGCAGUGGAUCAGAUCAAGGAAGCUAAGUUCAACAUGUUGAAUAACAGCUCUUGUUCUUUUGUAAAGCUUUUGGAGAUGGCCGGAUCUACCAUGCUACAUGAAGUUUAUGUUCAUGCAAACUACAGUAUGUCAUUCCUUGAGAACUUAAAGGCUCAAGGAAGUCAAUGUCAAAACAACCACAGACAAGGCAUGGAUAAUUUGGGGGUUCCUAAAAGCUUUAUGGCAGAAUCCAUUAUUCCAUCAGCAAAUUUUCAUCCACAUCUUACAAUUAACUCUGAGGUAAUGUCAGUUGAGCACUCUGAGAUGUUCAAAGAAGAAACUAAAUCUUCCAAAAUGUCAAAGAAGAAAAAUAAGAACAGCAUGAAGGAACAAAGUCCAUUGGCCAACGAGUCUGCAAAUAAAAUCACAGAUCAAAAUGGUACAGUUCCAAGCGUUCAAGUGGUAAUACAAUCUCCUGGUGAAUAUAAUCAAUUAAGCAACAACAGUCACAGAGAUAAGAGCGCAAUUACUCUGAGUCAAGCUGGGCUGCAAGGAGAAUGUGGAAAUUUAGUUGAAUCAUCAGCUCAAGUACAAAACAAAGAAAUGCAGAGGCAUUUGAAAAACCAUUCAGGAGAUAUCCUAGAUGUUACAGAAAGUACCACUACAUUUGACAAUCCAAGAAAUACCCAGCAAAAAAUACAAGAAUCAAAGUUGUAUGAGCAUAGCUGUUCAUUUAAUAAGGAGCACAAUGAGAUGGAAGCUGCUACUUCAAAACCAAAAGGUAGAAAAGCAGCAAAAGAGAAAGAGAGUCAUGAUUGGGAUAGCUUAAGAAAACAGGCAGAAGCAGGUGGGAAAAAAAGAGAGAGAACAGAGAAGACAAUGGACUCACUGGACUAUGAAGCUGUGAGAUGUGCAGAUGUUCAUGAGAUUGCCGAGACCAUUAAGGAACGAGGGAUGAAUAACAUGCUUGCAGAGCGAAUAAAGGAUUUUCUUAACCGACUAGUUAGAGAACAUGGGAGCAUUGAUCUGGAGUGGUUGAGGGAUGUUCCACCAGACAAAGCAAAGGAGUAUCUGCUAAGUAUAAGAGGACUGGGGCUAAAAAGUGUUGAGUGCGUGCGGCUUCUGACCCUUCACCAUCUUGCUUUUCCGGUUGACACAAACGUUGGACGUAUAGCUGUCCGCUUAGGAUGGGUACCCCUUCAGCCACUACCAGAAUCACUUCAGCUGCAUCUCCUAGAACUGUAUCCAGUCCUGGAAUCCAUUCAAAAAUAUCUUUGGCCCCGACUCUGCAAGCUUGACCAAAGAACAUUGUAUGAGUUGCAUUACCAGAUGAUCACAUUUGGAAAGGUGUUCUGUACAAAGAGCAAACCAAAUUGUAAUGCAUGUCCAAUGAGAGGAGAAUGUAGACAUUUUGCAAGUGCAUUUGCAAGUGUAAGGCUGGCCCUGCCAGGGCCAGAAGAGAAGAGCAUCAUCAGUGCCAUGGAAAAUACAGCAUAUGAUCAAAAUUCUGCCACAACCAUUGAUCAACCACUUCUGCCCUUACCCCAGCCAAUUGAACAACCAGAAGGUAACCCGCAGUUUGAGGCAAACAGACAGACAGAGGGAAAAGAUGGAGCCAACAAAUGUGAGCCUAUCAUUGAAGAACCAGCAUCACCAGAACCAGUGUGCACACAAGUAUCAGAAAAUGACAUUGAGGAUAUUGAGGAUACGCUCUGUGAUGAUCCUGAUGAAAUUCCAACAAUAAAGCUUGACAUGGAGGAGUUCACUCAGACUUUGCAAAACUAUAUGCAAAACAACAUGGAACUUCAAGAAGGUGAUAUGUCGAAGGCAUUAGUUGCUUUAACAGCAGAAGCUGCAUCCAUCCCCACGCCCAAGCUUAAGAAUGUCAGUCGGCUACGGACAGAGCACCAUGUCUAUGAACUUCCAGAUUCACACCCUCUUCUGAAAGGGAUGGAAGAACGAGAACCUGAUGACCCAUGCAAAUACCUUCUUGCGAUAUGGACACCAGGAGAAACAGCAAAUUCUAUUCAACCACCCGAAAGAAGGUGCAGCUCCCAAGAGCAUGGUAAGUUAUGUGACGAUCAGACAUGUUUCUCAUGCAACAGUAUACGGGAAGCAGAAUCACAUAUUGUUCGAGGAACACUUUUGAUACCAUGUCGAACAGCAAUGAGAGGGAGUUUUCCCUUAAAUGGAACAUACUUCCAGGUUAAUGAGGUAUUUGCUGACCAUAGUUCCAGUCUGAAUCCAAUUGAUGUCCCUAGAGAAUGGUUAUGGAAUCUCCCAAGGCGAACUGUGUACUUCGGGACCUCCAUACCCUCAAUAUUUAAAGGUUUAACAACAGAAGGUAUUCAACACUGUUUCUGGAGAGGUUAUGUUUGUGUGCGGGGAUUUGACCAGAAAACACGAGCACCCCGUCCUCUGAUUGCCAGAUUGCAUUUUCCGGCCAGCAAGUUGAACAAGGCAAAAGGUAAGGCUGCUGCAGAUGAUGAUUAGACUUAGAUAAUGAUGCGGUCCGAAGGAUAGAGACAGAUCAACAAUAUGACCAAAUAAUCAUAAACAAAGAGCCAGUGGCACUCCAUUCUACAAGUGUGACUUCAUUCGUGAGGGAGAGUGAGGACAUUUUAAGUUGUAUAACCCAAUCAUGAAGACGCAUGUAACAAGUACAUGGGAUGUACAUGGCUUACCAAGGUUCCAUUUACUAAAUCUAGUGCUCAAAUUCGAGCAAUUUUUCAAAUACCAAAGUGUUUCAUAUGGAAUUGGAUGAUGACUAGUUUUUCCUACAAUAAUGAACAUCAUGAACUAAACCUGCUAGGUCACUUUCAAGCAUUGCAGAUUCACUCAAGCACAAAAAUAUAUGUAAAUUGUGUUAAGGCAACUGUAUCUCAAGCUUCUUCCACGUGAUCAGCAAUCAAUGACACCAUGAUUCUAGGAUUCAUUCAAUCUGUAUAUGUUUAUUAUGCUGUAUCAUAUAUAUUGUUUCCAUAUCAGCUAGGAUUCUGCGUUGAUGCUUCUGUAUAUAUA